AUGACUACUGUUGAAAAAAUCAAAGCCAUCGAGGAUGAGAUGGCCAAGACUCAGAAAAAUAAGGCAACUUCUUUUCAUUUAGGUCAACUAAAGGCGAAAUUAGCGAAGUUAAGAAGGGAGCUCCUAUCAGACAGCACCUCCGGGGGAGGCGGCGGAGGUCAGGGCUUUGAUGUUGCACGAACGGGUGUCGCCACGGUCGGUUUUGUAGGGUUCCCAUCCGUCGGAAAGUCCACCCUUUUAUCGAAGCUCACAGGAACACACUCGGAGGCUGCUGCAUACGAGUUCACCACUUUAACGACAGUUCCUGGCGUCAUCAAGUAUAAAGGUGCCAAGAUUCAAAUGCUUGAUUUGCCGGGGAUUAUCGAAGGCGCAAAGGACGGAAAGGGCCGUGGUAAGCAAGUAAUAGCAGUUGCACGGUCCGUAAAUCUACUCUUUUUGGUCCUUGAUGUGAAUAAGCCUUUGCACCAUAAGCAAAUAAUUGAAAAAGAGUUAGAAGGAGUUGGCAUCAGAAUAAACAAGGAGCCACCCAAUAUUGUUAUCAAUAAGAAGGAAAAAGGAGGUAUAAAUAUCACCACAACUGCCCCAUUGACACAUCUAGAUAACGACGAGAUCAAAGCGGUUAUGGCUGAAUAUAAAAUCAACUCCGCAAAUAUUGCUUUCAGAUGUGACGCUACGGUUGAUGAUCUCAUUGAUGCGAUUGAGGCAAAAUCAAGGAGAUACAUACCGGCUAUUUACGUCUUGAACAAAAUUGAUUCCUUCUCGAUUGAAGAGCUCGACUUGUUAUACAAAAUUCCAAACGCGGUACCUAUAUCCUCAGGUAAUGGCUGGAAUCUUGAUGAUCUCCUUGAAAUGAUGUGGAAUCGUCUUAAACUCGUCAGAGUCUACACAAAGCCCAAAGGCAAGCUACCCGACUUCAAUGAGCCAGUGGUGCUCAGAAGUGAUCGCUGCAGUGUUGAAGAUUUCUGUAAUUCCAUUCAUAAGUCCUUGGUGGAAGACUUUAAAAAUGCUGUAGUUUACGGUACUUCGGUGAAACAUCAACCUCAAAUUGUUGGCCUAACGCACAUAUUACAAGAUGAGGACGUGAUAACGAUUCUCAAAAGAUAA